AUGGUAUCCACUCGUCAAUAUAUUGUGUACAUUGGGUCCAUUAACACUGCACACUUUCCCUUAUGCAAGCUGUUCUUGGAAGCAAAGAAACAUGUCCUGUGUGAAAAGCCCCUUGGGGUGAAUGCUAAAGAAGUAGGCCAAAUGAUAGAUCUUGCCAAGAAGAACGGUGUGUUUUUCAUGGAGGCAAUAUGGAGUCGAUUUUUCCCAGCCUAUGAAAAGAUCAGGUCCCUUGUAUCCAGUGGGGAGCUCGGAGAGGUCAAAUGCAUCACUGGGGAUUUCUGCAUAGCGGCAAGCCAUAUAGAAAGAUUGAUGAAUAAAAGUUUAGCUGGUGGGGCCUUAAUUGAUAUUGGGAUCUACUUGGUCCAGUUGGCUACCAUGGUGUUUGGUCCAGACCCUAUCCUAGUCCAAGGGGUUGGAGGUCUCACUGAGACUGGUGUUGACGAGACUUGCAGUAUCACGUUGCAGUAUCCAGACAGCAAAGUUGCAAGCUUGUUGACCUCGCUUACUAUUAACGGCAACAACGAGGCAUCAAUCAUUGGCACCAAAGGAAGGAUAAACCUACGAGACACCUUCCACGCUCCCUCAGUCAUUGAGAUUGUACGAGGCUACCCAGCUCCUGGGCUUUUCAAGAGAGAAGUAAUUGAAUUCCCUUUACCUAAAAGUAGUCACCCCACAAAUUUUAUCAAUUCCGGUGGACUUGGAUACCAAGCAGAGGCCAUCAGAAUAGCUGUCGAGGAGGGAAAGACGGAGCAUCCCCUAGUAAGUUGGUCAGAGAGUUUAGCCAUCCACAGGAUCAUGGACAAACUCAGGCACGAUGUGGGCUACUUCCAUCAAGAUGAGGAAACGGAUAAGGGAACUUCUUGAUUCAAAGAUGUUUAGAGAUGCUCCGGGUCCCGUCCUAUAGAGAGUCGCGAUUGAUCAAAUCAACCACAACUAUGGAAAGCCAGUAAUGUCAACAUCUAAAAUGCAUGUUUCUUUCAAAUAUUUUCUAGAAUUGCUGUAUAUUCAUACAUUCAUUGUUUUCUUGAAAAUUAAGUGUACUUCUCUUUUUUUACAAAGGACAUUGUGCAAAUUUUCUGUAAGAAAAUUCUGACAUUGCUGGCUUUCCAUACAGUUGAGGUUGACCAGUAAAAUAAAAAUCAAUCAAAUUGGUAAUCACUAUAUUCAUGGAGACUUCAAGUUGGCUGCAUUUGUGAUGUCAUAGCGAUGUAAGGCAGUGACUACUCUUCCAUGUAAUUCAAUGCAUAAAAUGGUUAAAAUCACAUUUUUCAGGAGUUAUACUUCAAAUUAUAUUUUUCUUUCAUCAAGACAUAAAACAGUAUACUACCAAGGCUAUAUUCAAAUUAUUACCCCAGCGGAAUGGGUACUUUGGAUGAAACCACAAAUCCCUGAUAAUUAAGUUCAUGGCCUAUGGGAAAGUUGUCAUUGCCCUUUGUCAUAAUUUACUUACCCAGUUGCCAAUUUUAAAUCUACAUAGUCUUGGGGAUUUCAAUUUUAAAGCAGCCAUAACUCCCGUAUUGCUUGUCCGAUUUCGUUCAACCUUUCAUCAUUCUGUUUUACUUAUUUUUCUCCUUUUAUAACAUUUAUGACCAAGGCUGGAUUCCCCUUUAAUGUAUUUCCCUGUAAUCUAAAACAUAUAAUCAAUUCAGUUAAAAGUCUAACUGUUAGUCUAUGGCAAUCAUUGUACAAACAGUAUACAUCAGUAUUAAGCAUAUCUAAGAUACACCUUAUAUAUUACAGGGUAUUAUGUUUUGAUAUUAUUUACAUUGUAUGAUGUAUGAGAGUAUAACGGGGCCGUUUCAUAAAGCUGUUCGUAAGUUAAGAGCAGCUUUAAGAACGACUGGUGAACCUUUCUCAUGCGCUAAACCAUCGCCAAUGAUGUAUACCAUUUACCAAAAGAAAGGAUCACCAGUCGUUCUUAAAGUCGCUCUUAUCUUACGAACAGCUUUAUGAAACACCCACCAGGUUUUUUAACUGGCUUCUUGUGCUACUAGUUGCUCAGAAAAAUUCAUUCUCAUAAGAUAAAAAUAUGUUUUUAUUUUUUUAUAUGUCCCAUAUGUAUAUUGAAUGGUUUUGUAUUUGGUAGGUAUAAGCUUGCUAUUCAUAAUGACCAUGCUCCAUGAUGACCAUAGCUCAUGAAGAACAUUACUUUUGCAUUUGACUUCCCGGACAUGCUUAAGUUGGGGUAGAGACUCUGAAUUAGGACAAUUAAAAGCUUUUCUUUUUCUGUGAUUUUCUCUUCUUUUGUUACAGGUAAAGCUAAUUACACACCCCUAUGGUGAAUUUUGUAUAUUUCCUACUACCUAUUGAAAAACUCAUUCAACAAUAAUUCAUUUUUGUAUCACUGCCUUUUUUUUGUAUUUCAUCAUGUGUGCUAAUGGAAAACAGGUACAAAGCAAUUAAAGGUGUUUCUAUUUUUUCUCUGGGUAUAUUUAUAAUUUAUAAUUAUAAUAAUAAGGUAUUUUGUAUAGUGCACAUAUCCACCGUGUUAGGUGCUCAAGGCCCUCCUGUAAUACCCCAACUGUAAAGCCAGGCUACCACCGUGCUCACAGCUUAUGGGGGGGGGGGUCAAUUAUCCCCUCCACAAAUUUUGCUACUAUGCUGCCGCAUACAUUUUUUGACUGACUUUUUGUCUCUCCUGAACGAAGUUGGGCAGAGACCUAUUGAUCACUUUUCCUGUUGUUCUUGUUCAACUUGCCCUCAUUUCUUUAUUUCUUCAUCAAUUAUUAUGACCCCCAAUAUGCAUGAUGACGUCCCCCACGGUCACCCCCUCCCCAUGAUAUACUGGGUACCGUAACACAAAGGUUAGCAAUUAAUCGUACGCUCGAUUUUUACGAUUGAUUGUACAUUGUAGUCAAUAGAAUCAAUCAUAGAAAAAUGUUCUGCGAUCAUUGCUAAGCUUUGUGUUACGAGCCCCUGGUGGUGGUUUGGAUAGGGAAUUGUUGGAUAAUUAGUGGAUUAUAUUGCCUCAUUUGUAAGAGGAAAGGUUCUCUAGUGGUAAAACUGUUAUCAAUUAUGGCAUGACAAUUGUGAUAUAUUUUGAUACUUCAAGGUUUUAGAGUGGUGAAAUUAUAUCUACUCAAAUGAUAUUGAAACUUUUAAGGGAAAUUGGUGUUAAAUUGUAUGUUUUCUGUAAUUGCAAGGUGUUGGAAUAGUAAAGUCUGAAAUUAUUUUAAUUCAACAUGUAAUUUUAUAAUGAAAAAUUAAGUAUUGUUUAGUCAACUUUAAAGUCUUGCUGUUGUAUUUUCAAUUACAUGUUUAACUUUUUUUUUGGGUAAUAGAAGUAUAAGGAAUAAAUAAGCAAGUAUAUUUUCUGAAA